ACUCGUUGCCUACAUAUGGAAAUAGCGUGUCCAAUGCCUGCGGCUGCACCUACAAAUUAUUUAAAUCGUACAUACCAUCGAGCGUAGAAAAAGAAACCCUUUCAAAUCUGUUUCAAAACCCUCAACGGCGAACGAGACUUACAAUUUGAAACCCUUUACCAUUCGUUCAUCUACUUCCAGUUGAAGAAAAAUGGGAGGUGGAAAUGAUGAUCGGGACGAGUCUAAUGAUAAAGGACUUUUCUCUCAUCUUGCUGGAUAUGCUGCUGGACACUAUCCUCCAUCUCAUGGCGCUUAUCCUCCUCCUCCAGGAUAUCCCUCUCAAGGAAAUCCCCCUCAAGGCUACCCACCGGCUGCAUAUCCUCCUAAUGCCGGAUAUCCUCCUCAUGGCGGAUACCCGCCAGCGGGAUAUCCUCCCCCCGGUGGAUAUCCAUCAGCACCAUAUCCUCCCCAAGGUGGUUAUCCGUCGUCACCAUAUCCUCCCCCAGGUGGAUACCCACCUGCAGGAUAUCCUGGUCCAUCUGCUUCGCAUCAUUCAGGGCAUGGACCUGGUAUGGGUGCACUGAUAGCUGGGGGUGCUGCUGCUGCAGCUGCUGCUUAUGGGGCUCACCAGCUGUCCCAUGGUUCCCAUCAUCUUGGGCAUGGGGGUUUCUCCGGUCAUCACCACGGAAAGUUUAAGCACGGAAAGUUCAAGCACGGUAAGCACGGAAUGUUUGGAAAGCAUGGGGGAAAGUUCAUGAAGUUCAAAAAGUGGAAGUGAUUCCAGCAUGCCAUUCAUUAUCAUGCCCAACUAGCUUUGGUACUCUAUUACUGCUAUAUAAGCUUGGAGUGAAUUAGUCGUCGGUUUUUUUUUGCCUUUUCUCCAUUUGCUGUUUCUGGAUUCACUUUGGAAAUUAUAGCGCUGGCAUGUGUAAGUAUUCUGCACAGUUGCACAUUCACAAGUGGUGUAGUUUCUCGUGGAUGGUGUUGGUAUUCGUUAUUUGUGCAAUUUAACUGUUCCCUUGGACC